GCCUGAAUGAGCAUCAUGACUGAGUUCACCGGAGGGGAUGUUUACCAGGCAGAAUUUGACCCCAAGGCCUUUCUGGAAUAUUUUAAGUUUGGGGAAGACACCUGGAGAGAUGACUUUCUUAUCUUCAUCCUGAAACAAUACUGUAAAACCUUCACUUCAGGUGAUGUGAAAGGGAACACCUUGAUUGACAUCGGCAGUGGCCCCAACAUCCACCAGCUCCUGUCUGCCUGCGAGUCCUUUAAGGAGAUUGUCGCUUCCGACUAUACGUACAGGAACCACCGAGAACUGGAGAAAUGGCUGAAGAAUGAGCCGGGAGCAUUUGACUGGACCCCAGUGGUGAAAUACGUGUGUGAGCUAGAAGGAAACAGGCAAAAGGAGGCUGAGAAAGAGGCAAAGUUAAGGAAAACCAUCAAACGGGUUCUGAAAUGUGACGUCCACAAAAGCAACCCCAUGGAUCCAAUCAUCUUGCCUCUGGCAGACUGCCUGAUCUCAUCCCUGUGCUUGGAAGCUGCUAGCAAAGAUCAGAACACGUACCGCCUUGCUCUGAAGAACAUCAGCUCCCUGUUAAAACCUGGAGGACACUUGGUGCUGAGUGGAGAUUUGGGCUGCAGUUUCUUCAUGGUUGGCCCUAAAAGGUUCUCUUGUUUGGUGCUGGGAGAGGAAUUUCUGAGGGAAGCCCUCAGUGAAACUGGCUUUAGGAUUCAGGAGUUUGAGGUUCUUUUCAGGGAUGAUAAUGUCAUCGACGACAGCUCUGAUUUCUCUGGCAUGUACUUCAUUCUCGCUCGCAAAGAGGAAGUGGUGUAAAUCCUUGGGGCUCAUCUACACUACAGAGAAGAUUCAACCUGCAGCAAUCGAUCUUUCGGGGUUCGAAUGGGCAGGUCUAGUUAAGACAUGCUAAUUCAAACUGAGAAGAUGCUCCCAUCUCAACCAUUA